AUGGAACAUCGCCAGUACCAAGAACAGCAGCAUGAGGAGAGCAACACCAGCAGUGUGGUUGGUGAUAGCGUCGGAGGGAAUAAGAGUAGCUUCCUCGGCAGGCAGCCCGGCACAAGGUGGAUCCCCACUGCGGAUCAGAUAAGGAUAUUGAGGGACCUUUACUACAACAUGGGGAUCAGGUCCCCGACCGCCGAGGAGAUCCAGAAGAUCUCCGCGGCACUCCGAAAGUACGGCAAGAUCGAAGGCAAGAAUGUCUUCUACUGGUUCCAGAACCACAAGGCCCGGGAGAGGCACAGGAAAAGGCUCGCCGCGGGCGUUUCCAGCACCGCCAGCCCACCCAGCAACAGCACCAUCACCACUGUGUCUCCUGGUUUUCCUACUCCCUGUUCUUCUCCCGGGUUGUAUGGUUGUGGGCAGAUGGAAAGCAGUGGUUGUGGAGACUUCAUGAUCAUGGAAAGGAGCUUUAGAGAGUGUUGCCUGUCUGGAGCAGGAGAUGGGUCAGGAAUGGAGAGCAGCAUGGGAUGCGCGGGAUUAGAGAGCACUGAGAUGCCAUGGAUGUACCACUACCCCCCCUCGGAGCACGAAGCAGGAGUUGCGAUGGUGACUCGAGAGAUCGAAACCCUUCCACUCUUUCCCAUCAAACAAGAAGAAGGAGAAGAAGAAGAAAUAAAGCAAGAAGGGGAAAUCGUCACUUGCUCUCAUUUGAACAACUUCAACAGCACCACUACCAGCAACAACCAACGCUUUCCUGCUGACCACCACCACCUCUACGGCAACCACCAGCACGGCGGCCACCACAAUGGCGGCAGCGGCGGCGCCACCCACCAGGCGGCCUCCUUAGAUCUCUCCCUCAACCCCUACUACUAUCCCGCGGGGUCCACGUGA